UACUCUCCGGGUGUAUUUAGUGUGUUUGCCCGCAGACCGGAGUCUCUUUCGGGGCUACGAGUCUGGGUGUUCAGCGGACGGACGGAGAUCAGGAAUGUGUUCCACGCCGAAGCGAAGUUUGAGAGAAACUGUGUGAAAGUGGAAUAUCUGCCUCGGACGUAGGAGGAACUCGGUUCGUCAACUCGUGCGGACACUGAAACGAGCCUCGCUCCUUCUUUCCGCCGCCCGGACCGGAGUUCUCCCGGCCGGCCGCGGCAUGCUGAGGCUCGGCCUCCACAGAGCGCUGCCCGCCGCCUCGCACGUGUUCCCGGCGGCCGCACGGCCGGGCACCGGGCGCCACGCGCCGCCCGGCCGCUCGAUGGGGACGCACGGGAGGAACGAGCCCAGGGAGCCGCUCCACUCCCCGAAGAGGGCCAAAGAGUUCAUCUACCGGCUGCACCCCGCCGAGAGGACCCGGCUGCUGCACGAGCUGCAGAGCUUCGAGUCCAUGGCCAUAGCUCAAGAGACGCAGGAGUCCUCGCCUCCGACGGCAGCCCAGAUCAGAUAUGUCCUGUUCCACAACGCUCUCCCGUUCGUGGGGUUCGGCUUCCUGGAUAACGCCAUCAUGAUCACGGCGGGGACGCAGAUCGAGCUGUCCAUCGGGGUCACGCUGGGGAUCUCCACCAUGGCGGCGGCGGCGUUGGGGAACCUGGUGUCGGACUUGGCCGGUCUCGGCCUGGCAGGGUACGUGGAGGCGCUGGCCACCCGGCUGGGCAUGCAGGUUCCCGAUCUGACGCCCAGACAGGCCGACAUGUGGCAGACCCGGCUCAGCUCGCACCUGGGGAAGGCCAUCGGGGUGACGCUGGGCUGCCUGCUGGGGAUGUUCCCUCUGCUGUUCCUCAGCGACGACGACAACAAGGAGACGGAGACGAAGGGCGGCGGCGCCGCGGCGUGCUAACCGGAGACCGCCAGCCGCUUCACGCUGCUCGAGGAAACUUCCGUUUCCUCCUCUUUUUAAACGACAGUAGGAUUUUUAAAGUUGUGUUUGACCUCCGGCCCUCAGGUCGAGUCUUCAGACUCAGGAGCUGAAGCUUCUUCACUGACCGACUAACGAACCUUUAUUUUUUUAUCACUGAGCUGUUUCCAGCUGUUUUCAGCUGUUUGGAAGCAGGAACCAGCGACACUAAAAGCAGAUUCACUUUUUAGAAUAUAUUUUCAUUGAUCGGAUGAACUUUGCAGUGUUUUUAUACGUGUUGUCCUCCAGGUGGCGCCGAUACUUUACACAGACGUGGAGAUCAAACACUAGACUUUAUUCAUGUGGGUUUAACGCUGCAUAAGGAAGUGGUCUUCAGUAGAAACCGGGUUUGGUUUGGAGCCUGCUGUGGUUUCCGUGGUAACGGCGGCUGUAACGCACAGUCUGAACCGCAGAACCGUCCGCCGCCUGGUUUCCAGCUCCACUCGGACCGAAUCCUCGCGCUCUCAUUUGCACUAACGCUGGGAUUCUGCCGAGCUCCAGCGUGUCAGAGGGUCCCGGAUCCAGACCCAGGUCCAGGUCUGGCCUCUGGACCCCGGUCAGACUGACAGGCUGACGCUUCUCUUCUCUUCUUUUACUUUUUAAUUCACUUUCCAACGUGUGAGUUUCAGUCUGAGCAGCUUCCCCGUUCAGAACCUGCAGAACCGGAACCGCACCGUCUGCAGAACCAGACUCAGAGUUCACCAGACCUGCACCGCAGCGAUCCAGGACCAGCUGAAGAGUCCUGAUCUGGUUUUGACUCUUUUCAACUUUAUUUCUAGAGACUUUUGAAACGACCAGAACUGAUCAGAGUUCCGGGGCCGUGUCCGGGGCCGAGCAGAUACUCGACUCUUGGUGUGUUUAUAAAGGAUUCCCCAGAACAGGAAGAGACGAGAGACCUAAAGAAGGUGCAAUAAAACGCAGAGGACAGCAGACGAAACACUAAACAGUCGGAACGGGCCGGAAGAUUAUUUUUUAGAAAAAACUAACGUCACACACUGAUGCAGAUUUAAUUUUUCCUACACACACUCCUGCUCUGCUCGGGUUGAUACGAUCAAGUCAAUUUAGAUGCAAAGAAAAUGAAAAUUACUUUAAAUCAUUGAAUUAAAACAUGGAGGAAAUAGAAGCACUUAAAAGACGAAGGGUUUUCAAACCGGAGAGUAGAGAGUAAGAGUAUUGAUAUAGAGUAUUGAGAUGUGGGCUGUGUUGGGAUCCAGAUGUCUGAUCAGCUGAUCUGCUUCAUAUCAGUUAAAAUUAAUUAAAAAAAAAAAUGCUGAUAUUUGAGAAAUUAGAAUUAAUCAGAUUUUCUGACUAAACUAUGAACAAAAAAGAGAGAUUUGUUUCUGCUGAUCAAUUAUUCCUGUUGGAAAUGUUCUUUACUCCUUUAAAUGUUUGAAAACCCUUUUUUUUGUUUGUUUUUGUUUUUAAGGAGCAGUUGUCUUGCACUUUUUAUUUUUAUGUUAAGCCCAUGAAGAAAUUACUUUUAACAGCGAUAAAAGAAUUUUAUCAGAUGUUUAAUGACUCCGUCUGCAGCUCGGAUGAACCGUGAAACCAGUCGCGUUCAGCUUCUAUUUGAUUUAAUCGCUUAUUGUUUACACUGCCUGAUGUAGAAAAGUCCACAUUUAGAGUUGUGUGUUUUAUUCAGAGGAUUGAAUUUAAAUGUUUUUUGAUGCCUUGAACUGAUCAAUAACUUCAUUUCUUGACUUGAAGACUUCGACUGUUCCCCGUUUAAACCCACCUGAUGGUGAAAGGCGGAUCUUCUCACAGAAACAGAAACAAGGAGACAAGUUUAAUCCUCUUCAUGAGAGAAACUCGCCUGGUAACCCAGCCCCGCCCACUCGUCCACAUCUGGAUUGUGGAGCUGGCCUCGGUCUGGACAGGAGCCAUAGAAGCUCCAGCAGGGGGCGUCGGUUCCUCCUCUGACUGACAGGUACUUCAGCCAAUCAGCGCUUCAAAACAAAUACGUCAUCAAAAUGCGUUAGCUGCUCUCAGGGUUAGCUUUAGCUCAUUAGCUCUAGCUUCCCCACACGCAGAGACACACGAAAACGUCUUUUCCUAUUAGAACCUUAUCCAGGCGCAGAGUCUUGCUCUUGCUUGGUUGUUGUAAUUCUUGGUAUUUCGGCUAUAACUUUACUUAUUACAGCUUUCACACGAUGGCUAAAGUUAAAGUCCAUAAUCUCCGCUACGCGCAGCACUUCCGGUUUAGCCGCCGGAAUUCGCCAAGAAAAUUUAAAAACAAAAAGCGGCAACGCUGAUUGGCCGAGUCGAACCCGCUUCUGUGGCUCCGACCCAGACUGAGUCCAGCUCCACAAUCCAGACUGCAGGAGGAGUGGGCGGGGCUGGGUUACGAGGCCGGGAAGUUUUCCUGGAUCGUCUCACAUGUCUGGCCUUUAUUUUAUUUUAUUUUAUUUUAUUUUGUUUUGUUUUUUAAAAGAGGACCCUGUUCUCUCUGCUGCCAAAUAAUUUUGCUUGAUUGUUGUUGAGAAGUGAGAAAAAUGUUUAUCAGUGGCUGAACUGCUGCCAUCUGGUGGGCAGACUGUGGAACUGCAGCUGGAGAACGCCGUGCGUGUGUGUGUGUGCGUGAUUUACAGAAUAUAAUAAAUCAGUGAGUUUCUUCAGUCUGA